UCCUUUUCUCCGCAGACGGUGCUGAGUCAGUUACUUAUGAGCGAGCAUGGCCGCGAUCGCAGGGAAUUCUAACUUGAAUGUUAUCUUCAACGCAACUGCUGGCUGUUUGCGACUACACGAUGCCAUAUCACGCAUCCAGGAUUUGCAAAUUAAUGAUUUGGACGGCAAAGAGGUCCAACUCACGGCGCAGGAGCUUCUUGAUUUGAUCGACAGUGUACAGAAUGAUGUUGACAUUGCCCUGUGUGCUACGUUCACGGAGCGCCUGAGGAACAAUAGCACUUCUGAGACCGUGUCGCUGAAUUCGAAAGCCGAAAAUCCGAUUAGUUCGCCAAAGAAUGCAGCAUUGAAAAGCGUCUGCGGUAAUACCGCGUCCGAAGAUUUGCCGGCUGUAGAAAGUUCAAAGAAAGCAGUUGCAAGUGAGCUGCCUCUUGUGACGUUUGCUGGUGAACGGUUGACGUGGCCGUCAGAUGUGCGGUACGAAGAACUGAAAUGCGGAGACAUUAAAGUGUAUGUCAAUAAACCCGUGAUCGAUCCGGACUUGAUGAAGCUUUUCCAUUUCUCCGGAACUUUGCUCGACGAUAUGCCGAAACGAAAUAAUCUCAACCCGCAAGCGAGCUCCAGCGAAGUUGUUGAUGGACUCCGUCCCAAUCAAAUGAUUUUGUUGUCCAUCGAAGGCGAAGAACCAGGUUCUCAGUUCCAUCGAGCAGUGGCUUUGAAUUCUCGUAAAGCUUGGAAGCUGGACGAUGGUAUUUUAACAAAGCUUCGCCCCGGAAGUGCGCGUCAAAUGUCGAAGGGAAACUGCUCCAUUCCUCCUUAUGCACAAUUAUUUAUAAGAAGAGGUUUGUAA